AUGCCCACUAAAGUAGCCGUUGUUACCGGAUCAAAUAAAGGAAUCGGCUUUGCCAUCGUACGUGGUCUCUGUAAGCGAUUUGAUGGUGACGUUUACCUUACCUCUAGAGAUAUAAAUCGCGGACAGAAUGCAGUCGCUGAACUUAACAAUGAAGGCCUGCGACCGAAAUACCAUCAACUGGACAUCACAGACCCUAAGAGCGUUGAAAAAUUCCGUGAUUAUUUAAAAGAAAACUAUGGGGGUUUAGAUAUUCUAGUGAACAAUGCUGCUAUUGCUUUUAAAGUUAAUGCUCCGGAACCUGUCAUAGUUCAGGCAGAACAAACUUUGUUUGUUAAUUUCUACUCUGUUCUAUCGACUUGCCAAAUACUCUUUCCGAUUUUACGCAAUGGUGCAAGAGUAAUUAACAUAACAAGUUCUUGUGGGCAUUUGACUAAAAUCAAGAGUGAGAAGUUGAGGAAUCGGUUCAAGGACCCUAAUCUAACUAUAGAAGGCUUGUCUAGCAUGAUGCAAGAAUAUAUUGAUGCAGCAAAACAAGGUACUCAUGCAGCAGACUGGGGAAAUUCAAGCUAUGCUGUUGCUAAGGUUGCUAUAACAGCAUUGUCCAAGAUACAACAAAGAAUGUAUGCUGAUAAAGAUAUUAUAGUAAAUGCAGUGAACCCUGGUUAUGCGGCCACUGAUAUGACUUUACAUAAGGGACCGCUAACUAUUGAUGAAGCAGCACGUGCUCCGGUUUACUUAGCAUUAGAUGCUCCAGACUCUGUUAAAGGGCAGUAUGUUUGGAAGGACAAGAGUGCAAUCAGCUGGGAAGAGGAAUUGGCUGAUCCAGACUAUAUAAUAUAA